AUGUACGACUACCUCGCCAAGGUCGUGCUCCUGGGCCCCUCCGGCGCCGGCAAAUCGUGCCUCCUACACCGGUUCAUCAACCAAGAAUGGCGCGUCCUCUCCUCGCAGACCAUCGGCGUGGAAUUCUCCUCCAAGAUCGUCAAGGUGGGAGGCGGUUCGGCCAGCGGCCAGCGCGCCAAGAGAAUCAAGCUACAACUCUGGGACACCGCGGGGACGGAGCGCUUCCGCAGCGUCAGCAGGAGCUACUACCGCGGCGCCGCGGGCGCGGUGCUUGUCUACGACGUGGCCAGCCUGGCGAGCUUCCACGCGCUGCCUACUUUCUUGAGCGACGCGCGCGCGCUGGCCAGUCCACACCUGACCGUCGUGCUGGCGGGGAACAAGGCCGAUUUGGCGGACGCGGAAGCGGCGGCGUCAUCCCAACCUGCGAGCCGAACGCAGGGGGUUCACAUGAACGGCAGUGCGCACGCGCAGAGGACACAGCGAGACCGAGACCGAGAACGAGACCAAUACCGUGACGAUGAAGCCUCAACACCCGCGGCGUCGAGCGCCUCGAGUCGAAGGUCCUAUUUCCCUUAUGAUUCAGGAGGAGGAGGCGGGGGUAGCGAAUCUCUCAAAUCAACGACCUCGACCGCUACGCCCGCGCCCACCGCAACCACGCGAUCACGGGGCGAUAGCGUCAAUGUGCUGGCUUCCCAGAAAUGGACCGCCACGCUAUCCCCUGAUGGGCGCGAGGUCACGUCACAUGCCGCGUCCGUGUGGGCCAGUAAAGCGCUCAUACCUUACACGGCGGAAGUGUCUGCGCUGACGGGCGAGAACGUCGACACCCUGUUCUACCGACUCGCGGCCAUGAUCCUCACGAAGAUUGAGCUCGGGGAGAUCGACCCCGACGAUCCGAGCAGUGGGAUUCAGUACGGCGAUGGCGGCGAUGUGGAGAGCAUAACGACCGAUGGGGGAACCGUCAGGCGGAGAAAGGGCGGGACGGUAAGGAGAGGGGUGUUGCCCAACUUGGGGGAGUGGGAGGAUGUUUUCCGCCGGCCUGCGUCGAGAGGUGGGCGAUGUUGUUGA